AUGAUUCCGGACAUUGAUUUUGCUUCUCCCAAAAAAGUCUAUUUUCAAAAUAAUAAGAAAGAGCACUUUGCCAAAGUACUGGCAACGCUCGAUCUUCCUCCUGGACCCAGGUACCGUUUCGACUUAACGCAACUCGACGAUCCUCCAGAUGAUUGGGUGUUUCUUGAAAAACCAUUCGACAAGGUCGAGGGUAGAAACCACAAAUUCUCCGCUUUACAGACGAUGGCUCAUUUGCAGUUAUGGGGAAUUCACUGGACAGAGGAGAAAAGCCCGACCAAGUUGCUGAUUAUGCGAGCUGUAUGGAAGUACCAUUACUAUGUGCCGAAGAAAUUCCAUCCAAAAUUCUUCGCUGAUCUAUACAAUUUGCAACGAGACAGUGGUCCCCGCCUUAUAAAAUGGGAUUAUCAUGAAGAGGACGUUGGGCCGAUUAGCCGGCUUCAUCCAGUGAGACCGGAUCCUUAUAGACCUGUGUGUCCGGGUUAUUUGCGACCUAAUGAUGCAGCUUGGCAUGUCGCUGAUAUUGAUAUUGAGCGAUAUCUUUUGCCAAUAAUGGUGGUUGUACCAACGUUACCGCAGAUAAGACAUGCAUUUUCUAUGGAAGGUCCGAUGCCAAAAGUACCAGUGCCGGAAUCACCACAAAAAAAGAAGAGAGAUAUCAUGAUCCGACCCGUAACACCGGACCCCAACGCUGCGAGAGCUUUCACGCCACGUGGUAUUUCCCCUGUCAUUGAGGCUCCUCAAUUUCCUUUCAAUUACCAGCCUCUCACAGAAUCUCUGGAAAGGGCUAUUGUGCACUUCACAUACAGGCAUCUGGAACGAUCUCCUGAUGCCCCGGCAAAAGCUGACAAACCUCCAUACGGGACUGCCAAUUCAGAGGCGGACCUGAAGCAAGUUCAACUUCAUGCCUAUCCAGCUUAUUCGCAUCUCAGACUUAAUCCCUCUACACUUGAAUUUGAUCGAAAAUCUACCUGUCUUUAUCCAUACCGAGGCCGCGGACCGAUCUGGAGUAAUAAAUCCUGUGCCAUAGAUUGUGUCAUUAUGUUAGGCUCCUUACUCCAGGCUGGAUGCACAAGAAUAGAUCGUGAAAGCCCGCGAUUUCUCGAUCUGACUGAUCUGGAACACGCUUUUAUUGAGGUCACAAAUACCAACUGGGAUGCGCUUGAGCCGCAACAAAAUAUACAAAUCCGAGACAUGUUCAGACAGAAGCUCUGUAACAUUUACCCCUCUAUCAAAAUGACUGAGUCUUGUCCUGUUUGGGCUGUUUGGGCAGAGUCCACAAGAAAUAUGGCACAAUUUUACUUCCGUUUUACAGAUAUUUACAACGCGUGCCCUUGUACCAACAUGCAGGUGGCGGAGGUAAAUAAGUACGCUAACUGUGUGUUGCCUGCAAUGCAAGACAGUGAUAGGGAUGGCGUGUGGCUGCAGGAAUUGAUCGAAAGAACUUUAUAUAAGAAGAGGUUGGGUGAUUGUCCACAGUGUGGUGCACGUCAAGAUCAAUGGGAAACAAGAAUUCAUGAACUUCCACCACGAAUGAUUGUUUCAAAUUAUGCGGGUGUACGUGCUCGUAUCAUUAAUCAUACGAGCGAUGUUCGCUUUCGAUAUAUUGAUCCAACCGGGGAAGAUAAAGUAGCUACUUAUCGUUGGCUGGGAGGUGUUUAUCAUCAAGACGACCAUGUGCGACUUUACUGGUCAGAUCAGGAGAGAGGUAAUAAGGAGCGUUUUGAGGUUGCCAUGUUCGAUGACCAAGUAAGUGGAGGUGCGUUUUUUGGUGGAAUUCAGCCAACGCAUGAGACCGAGCGUGUUCCACCCGAUUGGACAACGAUCGGAUUUUUGAUCGGAGCCUAUGAGCGUGUCAUGAAUCCUCCUGAGGUUAUGCUACAAAGCGCCGUGAUCACUGUUCAGAAUCUUGAGUCAAUAGUGAAAGCUGGAUAUCCUGUACUAGAUAGACACAGUCCUUGGGACCACCGGAUUGCGGCCAACACGGAUGAUCCCUCGUUCCGCUUUAUGGACAGCUUGGUCAAUGAGAAACGGCUUAUCGCUGCUCAUAUUUUCGAUGAAGUUUUGGAAGAAGGUGAUGAUGAGGAUGAGGAUGGGGAUGAAUCCGACCAAGAAAUGCUCCAGGGGCAGACAUACGAGAACCUGGCAAAUAUAUGGCCACCAGUUGAUGGUAAUGUAAUGCCCGAGGAAUACACAAAUUUGUUUGAUGGCAUUCUGGACACUCCGGGUAGCCUUUCACAUCUUCCUGAACUCUGGCCGAAUGGUGUGCCAGGUGAUCAUGGUGCUCUUAACUUCCCAAUGCUUCCACGUUCUGAGCCUUCCCAUACUGUACCAAACAGUCGUCAUACGAGCCCGGCAAAGCCCUUUGAUCACUGGCCUAGUCCUAAUAGGCCUCUGAAGCCAAAUGGAUGGGGAAGGCCUUUUGGUUGGGAUGAUAUACCAUUCGGUACGGAGGUAACGCCAAUGGGUCCAAAUCGAACGCCAUAUGGCUUCGGUGGCGCAAGGCCUGAUUCCUUCGAUAGACCUGGUCGUCGCUCUUCGGAGAUUUAUCAAGAGAGUCCGAAAAGCAGAUAUUAUCCCUAUAGUCCUCGACGUACACCAUCUGUCUUAUCUAAGAGUCCUGAUAACAAUCGCGUUAUAAAAAGCCCGACCAGUCCGAACGUGAAAGAGCGUCGUGCCGAGAGCCAAGAAAUUAUGAAGAAGAAAGAUAAGAAAGAGGGAGCUGAAACCAGGCGCAAAAGAGCUCUACCUAGAAAGGAGAAAGAGGAGGCUAAGCGCCGGAAGAAAACAAACGAAGAAAUGGACACCGUGAAGCAAGUCGAGGAAGAGAUCAAGGAUAAGAAAAGGAAGACAAGAUCUGAAUUGAAGGGCCAUAUGGCAGAUGAACAUGCCAAGCGCCAAAAGAAGAAGACUAAAGACUCUAAAAAGAAAAAGGAAAAGGCCAAGGCAGACGAUGAUAGCAUGAAGACAUGGAGGGGCAGCCUGGUACCUGCUGUCAGCUCAACCUCGAACUUUCCUUCUCCGCCCUCAAGCGUGAGUAGGGGGACUCCUGAGGUGACUUCAUACAGGGGAAGCAGAGGUGGAAAUCCUUCCCCCCGAACGACGACUUCCCCUUCUCCCAGGAUUCAUUCAGCUAGGUCGAAUGAUAGAAAUACAAGAAGCAAUGAUUCAGCCGAAGAUAGUACGGAUAAGACGAAGAAGUCAAAUGAUAAGCAAGAUAAUGGCCAAAUACCAAAGAAAUCAAGUGGAGAAAAGAAGAGUACAAGUAAGGAGAAGGAGAAGAAGAAGAUUAAGAAGACGACUACAAAUCCGAGUCCAUUGCGAGUCUCCAAAUCAAAAUCGGCUAAAGAUAAAGGUAUUUAUUUUAUUUCUACUCAUAUUAGUACUCUGUCCCAAACUCAUUAUUAA